AUGAGCCCACCCGCUCUAGAUACAGAAAAUGGCGAGGGCCAUGCCUCAGCUGACCCACCCCCGGCCUACGACGAAAUAUCAAUCCCAGAACAUGUGACGAUACCCUUGUUGGAUCUGAACAAAGACGCCGGAUCACCUCGCAGCUCCACGGUCACGCCUGAUCAGUGUGUCGCCCAUCUAAAGCUAUUAGCAGCCUUCGCAGAUCUGCGCGAGAGCAUUUCCACAGAAGAUGGUCUCUUCGGCCUACAUGACGCUCAGGCAGAUGAAUACUGGGACAAACGCAAUCAUAUGCUUGCUAAAAUACGAGAAAAGCGAUGGGCUGUGUAUGUCAGCCGAGCGGCUGAGAGAUAUUUGAUUUGGUGGAUGGAGUGCAUUUCAAGUUCUGAGGGGCGGCCGACGCUCAAGACGCUGCAGAACAUUCACUAUGGGAGCGUUACAGGAGGUUUGUCGAGGAUUUCUUGGAGCCAUCAAUAUAUGCCGCCUCUCGACGUCUUGAUGGUAUGGCAUGCCCACAUGCUUAAUCCACGAUCCUUUCUCGAAGACUGCAUUCGUUACGGGAAAAUGAACUUCUGGUCAACUGGCUUCCCCUGGGCUGUUAUCAACAGAUGCUUGAACGAUAAGACCUUGGAAUACAAUGCAGGGGAAACCGCAAAAAGCAGAUUCGAACAGGCAACCAAACUAUCCUGGGAUAACCUCCAAGACCCGCUUCGAAAAUACAUGGAAUGCCUCAAUUGUGGAGCCCUAGUGCACGUCCGAUGGACAGCAGGACACAUACCCUACCAAUCCGCCAUCCCAUUCGAACAGUUCCACGGCUUCGCAGAUAGGAGUUUUAAAGCGACCUGCUCUAAGUGCCGUUACGUUAUCACACAUGAUAAAAUCAAGGUCGCCAGAUUCCGACGCGACGUCCAUAAACUGCUAGACCGAGACUCGCCAAUGCCAGGAACCCUCUACAAUCUGAACGGCAUCCCAGAAGCAGCAGGAACCACUCGAGUUGGCCUAGGGUCAUUUUUCCCCAAUUGGCUCCUACGGGUCGUGGGAAAAGACAUACUCAUGGUCACGCACCCGCUAAUCAACCGCUGCGAGAACAUGGCCGACGUACGCGAUGAACUAGAAUCCAAGCUCAAAGAUAUAGAAAGCCUCUUCAAAAAGGAUGGCAGGCCUCCUCGACGCCGCAUCGAUCUAGAAGAAAAAGUUGCUUUCCGCCGAAUGAUGUCCAACUACUGGGAAAACACCUCCGCCUUCUCCCUAGACCUCGUCGGCGCCGUUAUCCGCCAAGGAACCUUCGUCCAGAAAAUGGACAACAUCGACUGGCUACAUUCCCCCACUGCCAUGGGAACAAUGACCCGCCUAAUCAACAAAUACAGAGUCUUCUUCCACAUCAUGGUCUCGAACCCGAAGCGUAUGGCUGUGCCCACCCUCGAUGUCGACCUAGCCUGGCACACGCACCAACUCUCCCCCUCUCGCUACUUUCAAUACUCUGUCACGAACUCGAACCUUUUCUCAGUAACACAAGAACACGUAUUUAUCGACCAUGACGACAAAGUUGGUGAAGACAAACUCUCCGACGGCUUCGAAUGGACAAGCAAAAUGUACAAAAAGUUCACAAACGGGGAACUCUACAGCGAAUGCACAUGCUGGUACUGCGAGGCCAUCAGAGCCCCAGACCUCCGCAGCGGAAUCUUCGUUUCCUCCGCUACAGCGCGAGCCCGCGAGACAGUCGCAGCCCUACACGAUCGAGAGGAUAUCUCCUCAGACCCAGAGAAAAACCCACAUAUCUCCGCACACAACGCCGUAAAACCAACGACACUAACCAGUCACUACUCCAUUAAAAGAACUCUGAAAGCAAUGCAACUCCAAACCAACUACGAGCGAGCCCGUCGCCGCGCCGAGAAGCGCGAGCGCAGAAACUCUAAGGAUGACAAGGGCAAGGAAAGGAAAAAUUCCGACGAUGGUGGUCCUGCGACUACUGCGUUUCCGAUUGUUUGGGGUGUGCCGGUCUACAUGCCGUAUUAUGCGCCGUAUAUGUGUGAUCCCGGUGUUAAUUCUGAUGCGUAUGUGGGGAAUCCGGCUUGUAUGAACUUGGCACCUGGGGGAUAUGGGAAUUGUGCAGCGGGGACGUGUGGUGGUGGUGUUGCUGCUGGGAGCUGUGGAGGUUCUGGAGGGUGUGCAGGUGGUGAUGUUGGAGGUAGCUGUGGCGGCGGUGGUGGAUGCGGAGGCGGAGGGUGCGGAGGGGGCGGCGGAGGAGGGUGUGGAGGAGGGUGUGGAGGAGGGGGAGGAGGAGGAUGUGGUGGUGGUGGUGGAGGAGGGGGCUGUUGA